GGCGGCGGCGGCGAAAGGAAGAUGGCGGCGGAUAGCGAGGUCCAGGACAUUCCUUGCAGCAGUGGAGAGCCUACAAUUUCAGCAGCAGAGAAACGGGAGGAAAGACUGAAGAGAUUCAGAGAUCUGCAUCUUAAGCGGAAUGAAUCUCGGAAAUUGAAUCAUCAGGCAGUGGCAGAGGAGGACAGAAUCCUGAAAUUACCAGCUAACUGGGAGUCUAAAAAAGCACGAUUGGAAUGGGAGCUGAAAGUGGAAGAGAAAAAAAAGGAGUGUCUGGAGAAGGGAGAAAAUUAUGAACGAGUUAAGCUGUUGGAAAUAAGUGCUGAUGAUGCAGAGCGAUGGGAAAGAAAGAAAAAAAAGAAAAAUUCCGAUCCAGGUUUUUCAGACUUUGCAGCUGCUCAGUUCCGCCAAUAUCAGAGAUUAGUGAAGCAGAUUAAACCAGACUUGGAGGCAUAUGACAAGCAGAAGGAUGAUGCUGGGGAGGAGUUCUACGCAACUGCAAACAGUCUAAUCCAUGGAACUCAUGUUCCAUCCCAAGCAGGUGUGGACAGGCUGGUGGCAGAUGUUGAAAAGCAAAUUGAGAAGCGUGCCAAAUACAGCAGACGUCGUCGUUACAAUGAUGAUGCUGACAUUGACUAUAUUAAUGAGAGGAAUGCCAAUUUUAACAAGAAGGCAGAACGAUUCUAUGGAAAAUACACUGCAGAAAUCAAGCAGAAUUUGGAGAGAGGAACUGCUGUCUGACAUGUUUUCUGAAAAGAUUCAAAUUGCUUACGCUUGUAUGCCAUGUAGAGAUUAUGAUUUUAUCCUGGACUGAUGUACAAAUUCAACCUUUUACUGGUGUUACAAAAUAUUUAAUGCAAUGAACAUCACUCGUGAUCUCUAACAGACAAUCUGUAUGUCAUAUCAUUUACUGGAAUAUGCUUUUCUAAUGACUGCCAAUGUUUAUAGUGUCAUCCUAGAUUAUGUCGCCAUGCAGAGUGUUUUUUGUAACUUGUUUUGGACUACCAAGCAAUUAAGAUUGUUUGAUUUUUGUUAUCUAUUCGUUAUUCAAAAGGAAUUUGGUAUGAUGUCAAAGAUGAUUUUGUCAAAGUCUUAGUCAUUUUUUGCUUCUUAUGAAGAUUGAGGAUACAUUGUUGAAUAAAGUUUGCUUUUAUCAGUCAUGAAACUACUUUAAUUGCAAACAUUGACAAAAUAUUGGUGAAUACAAAUGUAAAGCUUCUGUAAAUAUAUUCAACAGAAAACAAUUGUCACUGGACACCACUCUCUGCUGUCGAAAAUUUGCUUUUCUGUAAACUUUAUUCAAUGUAAAUAUCCUUGUAAUAGUGUAUGGAUAAGUUGUACAGAUUAAAUAAGCUUCACAUUAACUUAGUACAUGUUCCUAAGUUAUUUUCAAAUUUUGAAAGGGAUUCAAAUAAACUUUCUAUCGAGUUCUUUGGAAGAGA